ACAGAAAGGGAGCACAGAUGAGGGUGAGAGGAAGCAGAAGGCCUGCUGAGCAAGGCCUGAGACCAAGGCCUCUGCCGCUGAAAUGCACCCCAGCACCGGGAGUGACAGGGAGUUACUUCAGCAAGCUGGCUGUGGCUAGAGGACUUGAUCUGGGGGAAAGAACUUUUGUCUCAGUAGCUCCUGCAACCUGUAGUGUGUUUGGUCUAAUGACACCAUGUCUUCAUCUGAGACCCAGGAAUGCCAUCUCCCUGCGUAGACAACCCAGUGAGGUCAGGGUGCCAAGAGCUUUUUGCUAGUCAACCGAAGGCAAAGAACAUUCUGAGAAGGACACAGGGUAAAGGGUCUAGUAGUACGGGCUGUUGGAGCUAGUGGUUCUGGACCUGUGUGCAGCUCGUGAAAUGAGGAGUUAGAGACAGUCCCCACCAUGUUGUGUCUUUGAGAAUGCUCUGGUGGGAGGAGCCCUGGGAAGUGUCUGAAUGCAACAGGGGGCCGAGGCAGAGCUAGAGACCCUAGGCUCACAGACUUGUAAUGGGGCCUCCCAGAUGCUGCCUUGCCCUGCAGCCCUGGAUAUUCAUGGCUCAGUGAUCACCCGGCAGGGAAGGCUGUCCUUUGAAUUCAGUUUCACUACAGUGGCCCUCCCCUCAGGCCCUGCUUCUCUGGAGCCUAAUUAGGCUUCCACCCACCCCCACCCCCCUUUCACUGAGCCUGCCCUGUGCCAUGGGCAGACUCCCCAGGAUUUCAAGCCAAUUGCUUGUUUAUGAGCCCAGCCCGUCUGUCUUGGGACGAGGCCCAGAGGCACAGCCAGUGAGCCAAAGAGCCCCCCUCUCCCAGCCAGAACUGGAUGGCCCCAACCGGUUGCUGUGCUCACAAGUGCCUUCCAUGUUAGUGCUGGUUUAAGUGCCCAUCUUGGCUGGGUAUCGUUUUAUCCAUUUCUGGGACUUUCUAACCACUUCCAGCCUUUGGGGCUUCAUUUCACCCAGGAUAGUGAUUAACAUCAUGAACUUUCCUGAGCUUUUGGGAGGAUCAAGUGAGCUUACAGGCACUGGCAUCAUCAGCAGGUCACCAUAAAAAAACCGACAAGCUGGGCUGCUGAGAGACAUACCUGAGACCCUCUAACUAAGAGAUUGCAUCCUGUUGACUCCUGAAGAGCUGCCCAGGUGAAGAACCAUGGAGGGCGACUGUCUGAGCUGCAUGAAGUAUCUGAUGUUUGUUUUCAAUUUCUUCGUUUUUCUGGGAGGCGCUUGCCUGCUAGGUGUUGGCAUCUGGGUCCUGGUGGACCCCACCGGCUUCCGAGAAAUCGUGGCUACCAACCCCCUGCUGACCACCGGUGCCUACAUCGUACUGGCCAUGGGUGGUCUGCUGUUUCUUCUGGGCUUCCUGGGCUGCUGCGGGGCUGUCCGAGAGAACAGGUGUCUGCUGCUAUUUUUCUUCCUGUUUAUCCUGAUCAUCUUCCUGGUAGAGCUCUCAGCAGCCAUCCUGGCCUUCAUCUUCAGAGAACACCUCACCCGAGAGUUCUUCACCAAGGAGCUUACCAAGCACUACCAAGGCGAUAACGAUACGGAUGUUUUCUCUGCCACCUGGAAUUCAGUCAUGAUCACAUUUGGCUGCUGUGGGGUCAACGGACCUGAAGACUUCAAGCUGGCCUCCGUGUUUCGGCUGCUGACGCUGGACACUGAGGAGGUGCCCAAGGCUUGCUGUCGGAGGGAACCCCAGACUCGAGAUGGAGUGGUGCUGAGCAGGGAGGAGUGCCAGCUGGGACGGAAUCCGUUCAUAAACAAGCAGGGCUGUUAUACAGUGAUCCUCAACACCUUCGAAACCUAUGUCUACCUGGCCGGAGCCUUUGCCAUUGGAGUACUGGCUAUUGAGCUCUUCCUCAUGGUCUUUGCCAUGUGCCUCUUCCGGGGCAUCCAGUAGGCCUUGGCCUGAAGACACUCAGCCCACCACUGCCCAGAAGCCAGCCCCUUCUCUUCCCUGUCCUCUGGCCCCAGGGGCGGAAGCAAGGCCAGCCCAAACGGCCAGAAGCAUAGAGCUAAUUUUUAAAUAAACAAACAAACAAACAAAAAAGACAGACAUGAAGGGGCCUCACCUAGGCUCUAAAGCAAGGGGCAUGGGCUCUACAAGGACCUAGGGCUGGCCUGGGACCAGCUGUUCCUGAGACCAAAGGUUCAUCAGCCUCAGAGCCCCUUGGCCCUGUCAGACUGGAGUGUCCCUUGGCCCGGAUCACCUCUCUUAGCAUUUCCAGGAUCAGAGCAACCAGGAGGUAGAAACACAUCCUGGAGGAGGAGCCCGGUCCUCAGGCCCCAAGGAGCCGGCUUUUCACAACACAAGGACAGACUCUGCAGCACCAUCUGCUGGAGAGCGAAGCGGUCCCUGCUCCCGCUGGCUGAGGGUGGCUGUGUGUGGACACUGGAUCAGAAGGUGGCCCUUUCAUUUCCGUCCAGUCACACAGCAUGUGCAUGACAAGGUCAUCUCCAGGCUGCUGUCGCUCCAGCCAGGACUCCACCCCGAUGUAAACUGGCCAGGAACUGCCUGCAUCCAGCUCUACAGUCCGUACUGUGUCCACUCUGCCCUGCUUGUACCUCUGUCAGAGAUCCAACUGUGAUACAUCACCUGUCCCCGUGGGCCAUGCCCCACCCCUGUUCUCCCAGGUGGAAGACACCCCAGUAUUGUUCAUUUCUCUCUUUCUACCCAGAGCUGAGGCUUGAAUGUGUUCUUCAAGGUCCCUGCCAAGAAUUCACCCCUGCAUCCCUCCACAUACGGAUGGAUCUCACUACCUCCCAACUCAGCCUCCUGCCUUCAGAUGCUCUGAUGUCACCAUCACCUCCGCAGACAGAAGGGGUUUCCAUUUUUCCGUCUGUGUACCCCUUCACUCUCUCUCCUUUCUAGAGGUUAAGGUCAUGCCUCUUGUCUGCAGACUUAACCCCACAGCAUCUCCUACCGUGACACCUUCUGACCUUUUGCUGAACAUUUAUUUUGUUAGUCUCUCUAGGCUCAGAUUACCCAGACUAAUAGGUUCACAACCAACCAACCAACCAACAGACACACACACACACACACACACACACACACACACACACACAAACACCCCAGACUAAUAGGUUCACAACCAACCAACCAACCAACAGACACACACACACACACACACACACACACACACAAACAAACACCCCAGACUAAUAGGUUCACAACCAACCAACCAACCAACACCCCCCCACACACACACACACACACACACAAACUUGAACUGCAGGCUAGGUUAGCAACUAGUUGCAAGAUGCCUGACCCUGCCAGGACCGUGUUGAAUCCAUUAGUGUUGUCUGUCAGGAUCUCAAAUUUGAUUAAUUAUGUCUGCCAAGGGCACAAAAGGGGAACAGUGGUGGAAGGAACAGCUAGGUGUCUGCUCUCCUCUCUCAGAUGGAAGAGCCUGACCUGAACUCCAGCCUUCCUUUGCCCUUCUGCCACCUGGGAGUCAUAGCCAUAGCCUGUUCUAUUCUGCUGUCUGGGUGCAAGGGGGGCUACUUCUCCCAUUUUCUCUCCUCUUUAUGUGGUCCUCACCCAGCCUGGCCUUCCGGGGAGUGGGUGUCUCUGAAUGCUAUACGGAAGUUGUCUUUAUGACAGCUUAAUUGGCAUCCCCAUAGUAAGCUCCCUAGAGGCUGAGUCACCAGAUCAGGGGGCCCCUCUGCUGGCUUGCACCCCCAGACUAAGAGGACCCAGGCUGACUCAGAACCCAGCACGUACUGGACUCCAACUGUCUAGGAAGGCAAAUGGCUUGGCUAUUGAUUGGAAGUUCAUGGCUAGGUUGAGGACUUAGCCCAACCACAGCGGCUGCCACCCAGAACUAGCCCAGGCUUCCAGAGAUGGGCAGGGCUGGGACAGGGAGGGACUGAGAAGCCAGAUAUGGAGCCUAGGCAAUUCCAGGGCAGAUCAGAGUCCCUCACCAGAACUUUCCACACUUACGCUGAAGCGCUCCCAAGUAGCCCUGAUUCAACCCAGCUUCUCAGCAUCCUCAUGGGGCCAGACAGACACAGUCUUCACCCUCUGAGCUUGCUGGUAGCCAUUGCAAGGCUGUCUGAGGUCAUCCUGGUGGGGCUUGGUGAGCUGCUCUGUGUACUCCCAGAGGAAUGGAGGGGAGCUCUUCCUUCACCCCAAGAUGCCUCAGCCAGUAGUGAGCAGAACAGCCACUUCCUGUCCCAGAGCAGUGGCCUAAGGGACAGCUGUAUCUGACAGGCGAGGAGCUAAGACUGGACCUGUGGCUCAUGCUCCCCAUUAUCCUGUCCCAAGCCCCUGGCCUACCUGGGUUCUGAACCCAGCACCUUCAUCCCCAGGAACUCUGAUACACACACACACACACACACACACACACACACACACACACACACACACACGUCAUAUGCUAAAGUCUAUUUUGGAAUUUGUAAAUGUCCCUUGCAGUAGGAAACAGAGCUAAUUUAUCAUUGUAUCUCCCAAGUCUCCCCUUUUUAUAUUCUAUAUUAAGAGAAAUUUUGUAAUAUAAAACAGGACACCACGCA